CCUGCCUCCUCUGGCAGCUCGUUCCGUAUACCCACCACCCUCUGAGUGACAAAGCUUCCCCUCAAGUUCCUAUUAAAUCUUUUCCCUCUCAUCUUAAACCUCUGCCCUCUGGUACUUGAUUCCCGUACCCUAGGUAAAAAAAAAGCCUGCCAACCUCUCCUAUAGCACAGGCAAUGUGCUCGUAAAUCUUCUCUACCCUCCUUCCUGCUUAACCCUCAACUUCAACCUGCCAAGGUGUCAGUUUUCAACGCAACGACUGUAAGCGCAUUUCCAUGCGGAACACAUCAAUCAUGGUCUUGUUUCAAUGGCAUGGUAUGUAGAGGAGGACCUGGGCCAGAACUGAAGGCCAAACAACGAGUGUUCCACUUUGUCCGAGGUCAGCAGUGGGUUGAUAGUGAUCUACAGCUUCCUGCCCGUGCCCAGUAUAGACAUCUCCGCACUGGGAGGGCGACCAACCUGACCCCUCUCUUCCUCAGACGAGUCUCAGCGGAUGGCCCGGGUCAAGAUGGACAACGUCACCUCUGGUGCGGGCGGCUGCUCUCCAGGGGGAACGGUGGGCCACGUGUGGCAAAGAUACCCCCCGACUGGGGAGUCCAGCCAAUGGGGGCCCGUGCCCAAGGAACCUGGCCAAUGGGGGCCCGCGCCCAAGGAACCCGGCCGCCCAAGGAAACUGGCCAAUGGGGGCCCGUGUCCCAGGAACCUGGCCAAUGGGGGCCCGCGCCCAAGGAACCCGGCCAAUGGGGGCCCGCGCCCAAGGAAACUGGCCAAUGGGGGCCCGUGUCCAAGGAAACUGGCCAAUGGGGGCCUGCGCCCAAGGAACCCGGCCAAUGGGGGCCCGCGCCCAAGGAACCUGACCAAUGGGGGCCUUUGUCAGAAGCUGGCCAGUGGGAGCCCUCAGCAGAAGAACCUAGCCAAUGGGAGCCCAGCAGCGAGCCCGAGUACAAGAGACAGCUUUACAGGCUCUUUGGACGUGAAGUGGCGGAGACCUUCCUCCAUCCUGACCCAGCACGAGACCCGCCAAACCCCUCGGUCCAGCAGCUUCUCCAGAGGAUGGGAGGUCAGGUGACAGCCGAGCGGCUGUGGCGAUGUGUUAGAGAAGGUUCCGGAAGCAGGAGCUCUCAGGCCCUGGUGCAGGCAGGCGUGCGGGAGCAGGCAGCGGGCAGGAGACCACCCAAUUGGGCGUCCACCCACCAGCGGGCUGUGGUGGAGGGAGUACGGCGAGACGCCGAGAGGCAGCAGGAACGAGCAGCCAUCAUCCUCAACGCCAACCCACUCACCGAUAUUAACGACAGCGCCGGCCGAGAGGGACCCAGGAGGUUUCUGCACCCCCUCUACGCCGGGGCUGGGGCUGCUGCCACUCCCGCGGGGACUCUGCCCUCAGGGCGGUGAAGAUGCAAGGUCCAAGGAGCAAGCUGGACAACUAACUGCCCCGUACCACCACCCUCCCCACAGUACGAGGGUCCUGCUGGGAGAGGGGCUUUGGGGAAGAAUCCCGUAAAGUCGUAAUCAAAACUGGAGAAAAAUGCACUGUUACCAACAUUAAAUGUUCUUCACAUUGCGUGUCAUCCUUGCCCAGGGAGGUGUAGAGGGAUAUCUUCACUGUGUCUCACCCCGGGUGUGUGUUGGGAUGGUGUAUGCUGAUAGAUGAUGUCUGUCUGUGGUUGCCGAGCGGGUGGUGAUACUGUGUACGGAGGUCAAGUCAGAGCCAAUGAAGAGAGCAGAGAGGCCAACACCAGUGCCACCACCCUCAGCCGCACGGGGUGAGGGUCCAAGAGGAUUCUUGUUAGUGGGUAAGUUAAAUCCCAACUGAUUCAGGAGGAGUUGUAAAGGUUGUUAUAGUAUCCACCUGGUCUGCCGGGUGGCACUGUGGCGCAGCAGUAGAGUUGCUGCCUUACAGCGUCAGAGACCCGGGUUCAACCCUGACUACGGUUACUGUCUGUACGGAGUUUGUACGUUUUUCCCUGUGACCGCGUGGGUUUUCUCCGGGCGCUCCGGUUUCCUCCCACAUUCCCAUGACGUACAGGUUUGUUGGUUAAUUGGCUUUGGUAAAAUUGUAAAUUGUCCCCAGUGAGUAGGAUAGUGCUAGUUUACGGGGUGAUCGCUGGUCAGCACGGACUCAGAGGGCCGAAGGGCUUGUUUCUGAUCUCUGAAGCCUAAAGACUGCGAUGAUAUCUGAGGCACAGUUGGUGAUCUGAACCCUAGAGGUCCCCAUCGCAGAUCUCCAGCCAUCAGUUCCCACAAGCUCCCCAAACAUUGAAGGCAACAGCUCCAUCCAAGACCGCAAGAUAUUGCAGAAAAUUGUGGACGCAGCCCAGACCAUCACACAAACCAACCUCCCUUCCAUUGAUUCCAUCUACACCUCACCUAGCCUCGGCAAGGCCAACAGCAUCAUCAAGGUCCAAUCUCACCCCGGUCACUCCCUCUUCUCCCCUCUCCCAUCAGGCAAGAGGUACAGAUUCAGGGACAGUUUCUUCCCAGCUGUUAUCAGGCAACUUAACAAUCCUAUCAACAAGUAGAGAGCAGUCCUGACCUCACAUCUGCCUCAUUGGAGACUGUCUUUAAUCGGACUUUACUAGACUUGCACUAAACGUUAUUCCCUUUAUCAUGUAUCUGUACACUGUGGACAGCUUGAUUGUAAUCAUGUAUAGUCUUUCCACUGGCUGGAUAACACGCAAAAAUAUGUAACAAUAAACUAAACAAAUCUAAAGAAGGGUCCCGAUCCAAAACGUCACCUGUCCAGUCGUUCCACAGAUGCUGCUGAACCCACUGAGUUCCUCCAGCACUUUGGGUGUUAGACAUGGUCAUAGAGUGAUAGUGUGGAAACAGGCCCUUAUGCCCAACUUACCUCCACAGGACAACAUGUCCCAGCUACACUAGUCCCACCUGCCCACGUUCGGUCCAUGUUCCGCUAAACCUGUUCUAUCCAUGUACCUAUCUAACUGCUUCUUAAAUGAUAGGAUAGUCCCUGCCUUAACUACUUCCUCUGGCAGCUUGUUCCAUACACCCACCAUCCUUUGUGUGAAAAGGUUACCUCUCAGAUUCAUAUUAAAUAUUUUCUCCUUCACCUUAAACCUAUGUCCUCUGGUCCUCGAUUCACCUACUCUGGGCAAGAGACUGUGCAACUACCCGAUCUAUUCAUCUCAUGAUCUUAUACACCUCAAUCAGAUCAUCCCGCAUCCUCCUGCGCUCCAAGGAAUAGAGUCUCAACCUGCUCAACCUCUACCUAUAGCUCCGACCCUCUUGCCCUGGCAACAUCCUUGUAAAUCUUCUCUGUACCCUUUCCAGCUUGACAACAUCUUUCCUAUAAUAUAGUGACCAAAACUGAACACAAUACUCUAAAUGUGGCCUCACCAACGUCUUAUACAACUGCAACAUGACUUCCCAACUUCUACACUCAGUACUCUGACUGAUGAAGGCCAAAGUGCCAAAUGUCGUUUUGACCACCUUAUCUGCCUGCGACUCCACCUUCAAGGAACCAUGCACCUGUACUCCUAGAUCCCUCUGCUCUACAACACGACCCAGAGCCCUACCAUUCACUGUGCAGGCCCUGCCCAUGUUAGACUUCCCAAAGUGCAACACCUUACAUUUCUCUGUAUUAAAUUCCAUCAACCAUUCCUCAGCAUACCUGGCCAAUCGAUCAAGAUCCUGCUGCAAUCGUUCACAAGCAUCUUCACUCUCUGCAAAACCGCCCACGUUUGUAUCAACUGCAAACUUGCUACUCUUGUCGUGUAUGUUCUCAUCCAAAUCAUUGAUAUAGAGGACAAACAGUCAUGGGCCCAGCACUGAACCCUGAGGCACACCGCUAGUCACAGGCCUCCAGUCCGAGAAGCAACCAUCCACCAUCAUGAAGCCCAUUUUAUAUCCAUUCAACUAUCUCUCCUUGGAUCCCAUGAGAUCUACUACCAUGCGGAACCUUGUCGAAUGCUUUGCUAAAGUCCAUUUUUACAACAUCUACAGCUCUGUUUUACUCAAGAUUCCAGCAUCCAGUUUCUUGAAUCUCCCAAAUCUUCUCGACAUAGAACAAUACAGUGAGGAACAGGCCCUUCGACACACAAUGCCUCUGCUGAAUAUGAUGUCAAGACCAACUCUUACCUGCCUGCACGUGAUCCAUAUCCCUCCAUCCCCUGCAUAUCCAUGUGCCUAUCUAAAAGUCUCUCAAACACCACUGUCGCAUCUGCCUCCACCACUACCCCUGGCAGCACGUUCCAGGCACUAACCAACCUCAGAUAAAAAAACGCCCCUCUCACUUUGAUAUGCCCUCCAGUAUUUGACGUUUCCACACUGGGAGAAAGUUUCUGAUUGUCUAUCCUAUGAAUGCCUCUCAUGAUUAUAUAAUCAGAUCUUUCAUCAACCUCAGAUGCUCUAAAGAAAACAGCCCACCCUGUGACGGUGGGUAUGGAGGAGAGGCGUGUGCGUGGAGUGAUUCCGGCCGAGCUUACCCCCCACUCCGGCGGAAUUGCUCAGAGGACCCACGGCCCGGGUCCCUUCCCCAGAGCCGGCCCCACACAACAUGAGCCGCCUCUCCGAGAUGCCCAGCGUGCCGUUCCGUGACGCUGAGAGGUGGGUACUGUACAGGCUGCUCCUGCACAUUCUGCACUUCCUCGCCCUUGUCUUCCGUCCGGACACUCCCUGGCGGUCCGUGUUACCAUCUGACGGCGGGAGUGGUCCCCAGUGGAGGUCUCUCUAUAGGUGAGUCCUCCCCCUUUACAUCGGGGACCUGGGGUGGGGAGUGUUGCACAUGGCUGUGGCCUGUAACAGAUACUUGAGCCGGUUCACAGACUCGCCAGCCGCCUGUCACUUCUGCGGCGAGGAAGAGACCGUGUUUCAUGUGUACGUGCAGUGUGAGAGGUUGCAGCCCCUGUAUGACUAUCUGAAGGGGCUGCUCCUCAAAUAUUGGCUACAUUUUAGCCCCACAGUCCUUAUAUUUGGACCCAGAGGGGGGAGGGUUGGGAGGGAGGAGGGGAUCUCCCUGUCCGUCUGCUCCUGGGACUGGCCAAGAUGGCCAUUGGCGGGUCCAGGCAGCGGGCAGUUGAUGGCCACAUCGGAGGCAGCUUCCUGCCCCUUUCCCGGGCCUAGGUUUGUGCCCGCGUGUCCUUGGCGAGGGAACACGCAGUGUCCACGGGGACUUGAGGCCUUCUGUGAAUGCUGGUCGCCGCGGGAGGUCGAGUGUAUUAUUGAGAAAGUUGGCGACAUAUUAAUUUGAUGACCGUUUGUUUGUAAACUGUCAACGUAGGAGGCCUUUGAUUGUGUUAA